AGCCAGUGUUGCCGUCUACUUUUACAAUCUGAGGUGAUUCAGUUCAUCUUAGCCCACGCAACUCGGAUCUUUGCCUGCCUACCCGCCGCCUCGCCAUCGCAUACGCCGCUCUCGCAGAUUCAUCGACAAACAAGUUAUUGCAGCCCGUGGCUUUGAUUAGUACCAUGGCUCAACCCACCCAACUCGCAUAUCGCACGGCUAAGGGCGUUGGCAUCCUGAAUGCCGCGCCUGCAUAUGAAGCGCUCCCAGGCUUCACGCGGCCAGAGGGCAACCUCCGCUGCUGUGUCUACUCGCCCGACGGCCGCUUCUUCGCCUGGGCCUCCCCCGACCAGGUGACAGUUGUCGACGCGGCUCAAGGCCACACAAUCACCACUCUGCCCACCCAGAACGUCUUCGAGCUGGGCUUCUCUCCCCUCGGCACUUACAUCAUCACCUGGCAGAGACCCACCAAGGACGAGAACGGUGAUGCCGUCAAGAACCUCAAGGUCUGGCGUACCGUUGACGACGAGGCCACCCGCCAAGUUGUUGGCCAAUUCGUGCAGAAGAACCAGACUGGCUGGAACUUGCAAUACACUCUCGAUGAGGAGUUCUGUGCUCGCGCCGUCACCAACGAGGUGCACUUCUACAAGACGUCCGACUUGAGUACCGUCCACAACAAGCUGCGCGUCGAGGGUGUCCAAGACUUUGCUCUGUCCAAGGGUCGCAAUGCCAACAUUGCUGUCUUCGUGCCUGAGCGCAAGGGCAUGCCUGCCCAGGUCAAGGUCUUCAACGUCCCCCAUUUUACCUCGCCUGUCUCGCAAAAGACUUUCUUCAAGGCCGACAAGGUCCAGCUCAAGUGGAACAACGAGGGCACCAGCUUGAUCGUCCUGGCCCAGACCGAUGUCGACAAGACCAACAAGAGUUACUACGGCGAGACCAACAUGUACAUCCUUAGCUCCAGCGGUGCCUUUGACUCGCGCAUCACUCUGGACAAGGAUGGCCCGAUCCACGAUGUCUCCUGGUCGCCCAACUCCAAGGAAUUUGGUGUCGUCUAUGGUUACAUGCCUGCAAAGACGACCAUCUUCAACCAGCGUGCUGUCGCUCAGCACAGCUUCAGUCUGGGUCCUCGCAACACUAUUAUUUUCUCCCCUCACGGUCGCUUUGUCAUUGUCGCUGGUUUCGGCAACUUGGCUGGUACCAUGGACAUCUACGAUAUGGAGAAGAACUACCAGAAGGUUUCAACCAUCGAAGCUAGUAACGCUAGCAUCUGCGAGUGGUCUCCUGACGGCCAGCACAUUCUGACCGCCACUACCAGCCCUCGUCUGCGUGUCGACAACGGUAUCCGCAUGUGGCAUGUUUCGGGUUCAUUCCUGUAUAACGAGGAGAUGAGCGAGCUGUACCACGUCACCUGGCGUCCCGAGCCCAUCGAGAAGCACCCUCUUGGAAACCCUCUUGCAAACGUUCCUGCUCCUCACUCGUCGGCCGCUGCUCAUCUCGCUACCAAGAAGGCUCCUUCCAAGCCUGUUGGUGCUUACAGACCCCCUGGUGCUCGCGGAUCUUCCACUCCUCUGCACUUCAAGCGUGAGGAUGAGGGUGGUGCUGCCUUCAUCAACCAAGGCAUUUCUUCCGCUAACAUCGGUGCCAAUGGCUUUGGAUCUCGCCCUAGGAAACGUGAGGUUCCUGGUGCCGAGACUACCGACUCCUCCACGCCUGGUGCCGCUCCCGGCGGUGGCGUUAGCUUGGCUGGCGCUGAUGGCGACGAGAACCUUAGCAAGGCUGCUCUCAAGAACAAGAAGAAGAGAGAGGCAAAGAAGGCCAAGGAGGCAGAGGCCAAGGCUUCCGGUCUUGCGCCCGAGGCCAACGGUGAUGGUCAGCAGCGCAGAGAGCGCAGCAGAUCAAAGUCUGGCCAACACGGUCCCGUCCGCGGUCAAUCCCACCGUGGCGAUGCCCCUGCCACUCCCGCCAAGCAAGCACCCGCUGCCCCUGCACCCGCCCCUGAGGUCACCGUCAGCAGCCCCGCUGUCGAGUCCACCCAAGACAAGAAGAUCCGCGCUCUGUUGAAGAAGCUUCGCGCCAUCGACGACCUCAAGAUGCGUCAGGCCGGAGGCGAGAAACUCGAAAACACCCAGGUAUCCAAGAUCUCGACCGAGGAGGGUGUCCGCAAGGAGCUUUCUGCUCUUGGCUACAAUGAGUAGAAUUGUUCGUGAAGCGAACGCGGAAGAAAAAAGUCAGAAAGAUCUUAUACACAGAGUAUAAAAUACAAAAGUCCGAUAACUUUUCUAGUGAGCCAUAAAGAAAAAGAAAAAAGUUUAGAUUUUUGUUCAUGAUGGAAAUGCGAAAAAUGAUCUCUGCCCUUCCUUCUAUUGUAUUGUGCGAGCGUGUGAUAUGCUUUGAUGUUGACAGUCAAAUUUAGCUCUCAGCACUGCUGAUGACAGAUUGUAUCAUCGACUAUAAUGCACAUCACUUGUAUCGUCACUACAAAUGAUCAUAGCACAUCGAGGAAUAAUUCUUGUUCCAAAUCUACUUGUGGUUAUCUAAUCGAACAUUGAGCUAAUCCAAGGCUUCCACCACGACUCUACACCUUCAGGGUAAUUCCAACCAGUCCAGUUGUAGUUGCCCAGCGCCCAAGUAUCAC